AAACUUAUUAAAUAGCUUCAGAUGAAAUGAUUCGAAUUGCUGCGGCAGCUGGAUGUCGAAGCUCAAUCAGGCCAAUCGUCACGUCAAGAUUACUUAUGAACAAGCGACUGGUGUCAUCUGUUGCCGUGGAAAAUGCAGCUGAGUACAACAUUGAAACAACGCUAGCUGAAAAGAGGAAAGGGGCCCUUCUCGGUGGAGGACAGAACAGAAUAGACGCCCAGCACAAAAAGGGAAAACUAACUGCACGUGAGAGGAUUGAAGUGUUCUGUGACGAGGGUUCGUUUGUGGAAUAUGACAUGUUUGUGGAACAUAAUUGUUCCUUGUUUGGAAUGGAAAGAGAUGAAAACAAGUUCCUCGGAGAUGGAGUUGUUACUGGUCACGGGAAGGUACUGGGAAAAACAGUCUACAUUUUCAGUCAGGAUUUUACCGUGUUUGGUGGAAGUUUGUCAGGUGCACAUGCUGCUAAAAUAUGCAAGAUUAUGGACCAAGCAAUGCUAGUUGGUGCUCCUGUGAUUGGCCUGAAUGACUCAGGGGGAGCGAGGAUACAAGAGGGGGUUGAGAGUCUGGCUGGGUAUGCGGAGAUAUUCCAGCGCAAUGUGACAGCUUCCGGAGUGAUUCCCCAGAUAUCCCUGAUCAUGGGCCCAUGUGCGGGUGGUGCAGUCUACUCACCUGCCAUGACUGAUUUUGUGUUUAUGGUACAAAACUCAUCCUACAUGUUUAUCACAGGUCCUGACGUCAUAAAACAAGUGACUUAUGAGGAAGUGACGCAAGAGCAGUUAGGAGGAGCUAAUACACAUUCCGCAAUCUCAGGUUGCUCGCAUGGUGCUUUUGAUAACGACGUAGAAGCGCUUCGGAAACUUCGAGACUUGAUGACAUUCUUGCCUCAGAAUAACAAAACCACACCUACUCAGCUUCCAUCGGUUCCCGUUGAAUCCAUUGACGAUGUGCCCCUUUUGGAUCAAGUAGUCCCACAGAACUCUGCUAUUGCUUACGAUAUGCUUGAUGUAAUCAAGGCUUCAGUUGAUGACAGGAAUUUUUUCGAGAUCAUGCCGGACUAUGCGCAGAAUAUAGUUGUUGGGUUCGGCAGAUAUAACGGAAGAACUGUAGGAAUUGUGGGAAACCAGCCCAAAGUUGCGUCAGGAUGUCUUGAUAUUGAUGCAUCAGUGAAGGGUGCGAGGUUCGUGAGGUUCUGCGAUGCAUUCAACAUUCCUCUGAUCACUUUCGUGGAUGUUCCUGGAUUCUUGCCUGGUACCGAACAGGAAUAUGGUGGAAUCAUUCGACACGGAGCAAAACUCCUGUUUGCAUACGCAGAGGCAACGGUACCCAAAAUCUCAAUCAUCACCAGGAAAGCAUAUGGAGGCGCCUAUGAUGUCAUGAGCUCGAAGCAUUUGAGAGGAGACAGUAACUAUGCGUGGCCCUCGGCCGAAAUCGCAGUUAUGGGAGCAAAAGGAGCAGUACAGAUCAUAUUUAGGAAAAGUGAAGAUAUAGCAUCCGCCGAACAGAAUUACGUUAAGGAAUUUGCAAACCCUUUCCCAGCUGCAAAGAGAGGUUACGUUGACGAUAUAAUCCAACCAAGAACAACAAGACGUAGAAUUUGUGCUGACUUAGAAAAUCUGGCGACGAAGUCGCUCAAAGAUCCCUGGAGGAAACAUUCGAAUAUUCCUCUAUGAAACCAUUUCAUACCACAAAACUGAAGAUUUUAAUUUAUGACAUGCCCUAUUUAAUUUUGAAAAUUGAUAUUUGCUUUUUAUUGUAUUCUUGGCUGGCCUGAAAAUUGUCUAUAUUUGUAUUUCCCAUCUAAUUGUAAUUUAAACGAAUAGAUUUGAAUAAAAUCUCAUUCAAAUUCA